AUGCCAAAGGGACAAUCCGGGAGAUCGUGCUCCCCAAGGGCCUGGACCUGGACAGGCCCAAGAGGACCCGAACAUCCUUCACAGCAGAGCAGCUCUACCGCCUGGAGCUGGAGUUCCAGCGCUGCCAGUACGUGGUGGGCCGGGAAAGGACGGAGCUAGCGCGGCAGCUCAACCUCUCCGAGACCCAGGUUCUGUUGUGGUGGCUCCAUCGUGGUGGGAGAGAUGCCAAAGGGACAAUCCGGGAGAUCGUGCUCCCCAAGGGCCUGGACCUGGACAGGCCCAAGAGGACCCGAACAUCCUUCACAGCAGAGCAGCUCUACCGCCUGGAGCUGGAGUUCCAGCGCUGCCAGUACGUGGUGGGCCGGGAAAGGACGGAGCUAGCGCGGCAGCUCAACCUCUCCGAGACCCAG